AUGAACAACGAAGACCAAGAACUCAGCCGGAAGAGAAAGAGCAGCAGCCAAGAUUUCCAAAUCACAACAAGAAGGUCGUAUCCAGAGCUCGAGGAUGACGAAACCGAUGUGCAGCUUACUCUCUCUCUUUCCUUUCGACCCACCAAGCCUAGAAGAGCUCUGUCGGAAGACCAACUCCAGCCGCAGCCGCAGCCGCAGCCACAGCCACAGCCACAGCCGCAGCCGCAGCCGCAGCCGCCAGUCAUUGCUCAGACAUCGUUAUCACUGCCAGUGUACCGACAGGAGGGCGGCCCGUCUCGACGUGUUCGGCGUAGCCCGGCGCAGGUGCUGCGGGAGGGAAAAACCGAUAUAGUGCCUGCUCCAUUCCCAUGGGCGACCACUCAUCGAGCCACAGUCCAUAGCUUGAAUUACUUGCUGUCAAUGGAAAUCGUUACCGUCACCGGCAACGUCCAGUGCAAGCGGUGCGAGCGCCACUACGAGAUGGAGUAUGAUCUGAAAGAGAAGUUCUUUGAAGUGGGUUCUUAUAUCGCGAACAACAAGAGCGCCAUGCACGACCGGGCUCCGGCUGUGUGGAUGAAUCCGGCUCUUCCUAAGUGCAAGUUCUGUGGGCAAGAGAAUAGCGCGAAGCCGAUUAUUUCAGAGAAGAAGAAGGCGAUCAACUGGCUGUUUUUGCUUCUGGGGCAAAUGCUUGGUUGCUGUACGCUUGAGCAGUUGAAGUAUUUCUGUAAGCACACCAAGAAUCAUCGGACGGGUGCCAAGGAUAGAGUUCUCUAUCUCACAUUCCUUGGACUCUGUAAACAACUUGAUCCUGAUGGCCCUUUUGAUCGAUAG